GAGACGUUGGCCGCGGCAGCGGCAACGGUGGACCCGGGCAGCCGAAAACAGAACCUCGGCCAUGAACUGUGCCGGGAGGGCAGUGGUGGUGGACCUGGUAGCGGUCUUUUCGUUGAGUCCCCCGUCCUAACGGGACAGAUUUUGACAUUAUGGCAGGGAGGCAUCAGAAUCGUAGUUAUCCUCUUCCAGGAGUUCAUUCAAGUGGUCAAGUACAUGCAUUUGGAAAUUGUACAGACAGUGAUAUAUUGGAGGAGGAUGCUGAAGUGUAUGAGCUUCGAUCCAGAGGAAAAGAAAAAAUCCGAAGAAGUACAUCAAGAGAUAGACUUGAUGACAUAAUAGUGUUAACAAAAGAUAUACAGGAAGGAGACACUUUAAAUGCAAUAGCACUUCAGUACUGUUGUACGGUAGCAGAUAUCAAGAGAGUUAACAAUCUCAUCAGUGAUCAAGACUUUUUUGCCCUUAGGUCUAUUAAAAUUCCAGUAAAAAAGUUUAGUUCAUUGACUGAAACACUUUAUCCUCCAAAAGGGAGACAGGCUUCACGUCCUUCAUCUGUUCAUUACCUUCCAGAACAACAGGAACUUCAGUCUGCUAAUGAUUCUCUUUCUUCCAGUGAGUCAGCUGGUAGCUUUUUAAAAGAAGUAGACCGAGAUAUAGAACAAAUAGUAAAAUGCACAGACACCAAACGAGAGAACCUUAAUGAGGUGGUGUCUGCCUUAACAACACAACAAGUACGUUUUGAACCUGAUAACAAAAACAUUCAACGUAAGGAUCCUUACUAUGGAGCAGACUGGGGAAUAGGGUGGUGGACAGCUGUAGCGAUAAUGUUGAUAGUAGGUAUAAUAACGCCAGUAUUUUAUUUACUAUAUUAUGAAAUUUUAGCCAAGGUGGAUGUUAGUCACCAUUCCACAGUGGAUUCUUCACAUUUGCAUUCAGGAGUCACACCCCCAUCGCAGCAGAGAGAAAUGGAAAAUGGAAUUGCUCCAACGAAAGGAAUACCCUUUGGUCCACAAGAUGACCCUAAGCUGUAUAGUCAAGAUGCUCAGUUACCUGCUGCUCAACACAAAACAUAGCAGUUAGCUCACAAUUACAGUGUUAGCAAUCACAUGUGCAUCUGGACUCUGGUCAAUCAGUUAUAUUCAAUAACCACUUCAAAGGCAGAAGUUAGGGAGAUUGAAGAUGCUUUGUUUUUCACCUUUUUUCUGUUUUUUUUGGAGCUGUUUAAAUUGGAUUGAACAUAAAACCCUACUGUUGCUGCUUGUUGAUACUGAAAGUAGUAAGUCUGUGUAUCUGUUGUGUUGAUACUUAAAGCAGAAAUGAAUUUUUGUGUCUAGGAAAUUCUUGGAAAAUGCAUCAUUUUUCUUCAGGGCUGGUUAUGUUUAAUUUUUAAGUAAUUAUUUUUGGUUUGAGGUUAUUAAUAUUAAAUUCAUUAAGCAGAAUAAUGAUAGCAUCAGAUGUCUGCAACUGAAGAAAAUUUGUUUAUUGUGAAGCAUCAAAUAGUUGCAAAAGAGUUGUUUGAUUCUAAAAUUAUUUAUGAUAGCAGUUACUUAAUAUGCCAUUUUGAAACUUUUAAAAAACACUUUUAGUAUAUAUGGAAUGAAAACAUAGUAGAACAGAAAUGGGAAAGAAAAGAAAUGUAUAAUUCUGUAAAAGAGGCUGAGAUAUUAUUGUUAAGCCCCCAAAAUAAUGAUAGUGUUGGGAAGUUGCCGUUUGGUCCACUGAAACACUGGAUUAUAUCAGGACUUAAGAGUAGUCUUUGUCUCUUAAAGAAUGCUGCCUCUGCUUCUGUUUUUAAGGUGAUUAUAUUUGCCUCUGAUAUUUUAAGCACUUUUGUUGUUUUUUGAUGAAAAGUGUUGUACAGAUUAUCAUUAUUUAGGAAGUAUCUCGUUAUAUACUGUGGUAAGUUGUUGCUGUGUUAAUGUUACAUGUAGUAACAUGCCUUAAUUACAUUUAAUGCCUUAUAUUAUUAUUCUGUGUAAGCUAAUAUAAAUUUUAGAAUUAAAACUAAGCAUUAUUUCAGAUGGUCCAGUAGGAGUCAUAACAUAAGGUAUAUAAAUUUGUCUCCACCUUCACUAUCAAACACAAGUUAAUGGGAUCAAAUCAGAUUUUCACUGUCUGCCUCUGAGGUCUGUUGCAAAAAAGCAAGGGAAAAGAAACCUUUUGCCUUAGCAGUAACAGACAAAUUGUUUUAUUUAUUGAUCCCUUAACCUCUUUUUUCACAGAGAAAAUGUUCAACUUAGGCCUUUUUUUCCCCUUAAAUAGAGCAUCAAAUUGGGGAACAGAAGCAAAAGGUGUAUGGAUUGGUUGAAAGGGCUUAAUGGUGCCUCUUUUUAAGAUCUACUGUGAAUCAGAAUCUGGCUAAAUAAGCUUUUGCAUACUGAUUCCGUCAUUUGAUUUUUUAAAAAGUAUGUGUUUUUAAAAUGUCGUCAAAAUGAUUCAGUAUAAGCAAGAUUUGGUAGAGUCUGGAUUGCUUGUUUUGUCUAUAAUAAAGUAUAUACCUUAAGGUAUGUAAUACCACCUCAUUUUCUGGGCAUUAUUUUCUAAUUAUUAAUGAUUCAGCUUUUUGACCAGUUGUUUUAUAUUUCAGACUUCAAUCUUAAUACAAAGUGGGGUGAAAAAAAUUAUUUGCUUAAUGAGGCUUAAUUUAAUUUCAGAAAAAAACUAUCAUAGAACAAAUAAGUCAAGCAUUAAAGCCCUUGAAUAUAUUAGAGGGCCUCAGUUAACCAAAAAGUAUUAAUAUGGAAGUUGUAGCAAAUGGAUUUGAGUAACUCUUUUAGUUUAAGACUUAAAAAUUGUUUUAACAUGCCUUGGGCAUCUUGAGAGAAGUAUGAUCUUCCUAAUUUAUGCUCAGUGUUAACUUGGUCAGUUUACAUUUUGUUUAGCCUGCUGAAAAUCAAGUUUUGGGGAUGAAAAUAUGGAUUGUUUUAGUGUUGAAUAGCUAUAGGUGUCCUUAGAAAAACUUUGUUUACAUCAGACUGAUGAAAUAGAGUCAGCCAUUCCUUUUUGCUAGUGGUACUUUGAAAUUGAUAAAGAGGUCUGAUUUCCAAAAUAAGUAACUUUUCAAAUAAUGAUGUGUACUAUAUACUUGUUGAUUAAAAAACAUUUCUGUCUU